AUGCCGACGAUAUUACUACCCGCCUCAGCAGCCGCCUUUGCGCCGCGAUCCACCUGCAAUGUGGUGCUCAACACAAAGGUCGAACCCUGGUUGACGGCCACGCUCAAGCGCAUCAACAAGAUCAAGCGACCUCUCAACAGUGUGCCCCAACAUACGCGGUGUCUGACCGAGACUCUGUCCUCACCUAAUGCCAUCUGGUCACUGUGCUCAUUAAUGGUGCCCAAGGCGCCCGAGUCAGAGUUGAAGAAGGAUUCAAACCCUCUGGUGGAGGCUCUAUUCAACUACCAACUUAUCCACGUUGAGGCUUACGUCGUCCAUGUCGACAUGGUCUCGCAGAACGAGGUCGCCUUCAAGUUGACGACCGACACGAUUGAUUCGCUGGUCGAGUAUCACAAGGAAGUCUUCUCCGUCGACACCAACGCCAACACAUGGGAGUGGUCGGAGAAGGAACAGCAGCUCAAGAAAUUGCAGGAGGAGUUCGUGCAGGCCGCCAACAAGUUUGUCUACCGGACGAGCGCCCUCGCACUGGAAGGCAUGGAGGAAGACGGUGCUGGUGAGCUGCUUUGUGGCCGAAGCGACGAAGUGCGCACCGCCAUCAUGGGCCUCUUUGUACCUCUUUUGCCUCCACCUCCGAGAAUUAUCGAUGUCAUUCGCCCAACUCCUCUGCUCCCAAGCUCGACCGGCACGGAACAAUGGUGGCCAUCACAACAUCUGCACGCCAUACAACCUGCUCCCGUUGAGGCAUGGAAGAUUGUCCCAUCAAGCCCCAGUCCCGUCUCAUCUUGCGACUCACACCACAACAUCUGGUCAAAUGUGGGCGUGAAUGAGAUACAACUUCCAUCGCCGACGCCUUCCUUCAGCCAACCUUACUCCACAGCGGCAUUCAACACGACUCAAUACUAUAGCGCACCCGCUUACAGCGCUCCGACAACAACAACAUCGUUUGCGCCGCUUCCUCUCCCCAGCAUGCUCACUCCACAGCCCUGCAGUACCUCUGCGGGUUUGAGCACGUUCGGGUGGGAUCGGUACCAAGAAUACACGAUGCCAUAUGCCACUGCCAUGUGA